AUGCACGCGGAUCGAUGUUGUUUCUCAAAAUUCCGAGGAGCGCGGCACGACGAAAACAACGUUUUUUUUUCUGCCCGAGGCCCACAGGGCGAGCUCUCUCAUGCGCUGAGAGAGCAGAGAGAUGCUCUUGGCCACGUUCACGACGAGAGAAAAAUGCGGUCUGACGAGUCGUUGAAAGGAAGGACAACGUCGGUGCGCGCGCCACGCCCCUUAAGCGGUCCCUGGCGUCUGCCGCUCGCCGUGCCAAGGAUUCUUGCCGGCCACUCUCUUUCCGUUGUUGUCAUGGACGCAAUCAAUUCGUCGCCGCCUUUUCUGUUUGUUUUUCCGUUUUUGUUCAUUUCACCUCUUUCCUCUUUCUCUAUAGUUCAUUCAAAGCAGCUUUUUGAGUUCUGAGGUGAAGAAAUGAUAAUUUAUAAAUCUUAAUUCAUAAUUAUUUAUCGAUAAGUUGAGUCGAUAUCAACCACGUGUUCAAAUGUUCUGUAUGCACUUUUUUUUUGAGCCUACUGAACUUUGUCUUAACUGGAAUUUACAUUCACCAUUUGCUUAAAUUUAAUUUUUUUUUUUGAAAUUUUCUUAAACAUCAGAGCGCUGUUUUCAAUGAACUACAUUGUCCGGAAAGCUUUCGAAACAAGUGAAACAGAAAAAAAGCCUGUCGAAGAUUCAUUUUAUUUUUCUUCCUGCGUCUGCUGCCCUUAUUGUAUUUUCCGAUUUCCUCGCGAUUCUCAUAUCAUAUUGAUUCCCAACGUUUUACAAUCGCGCCGCGCUCCCUUUUAAAACCAUUAUUCUGCAGUUUGCACAUUCUAUUUUUCUACAUUUUGAAAAUUUCAGGUGAUGGCCAAAACUUCCGUCGUCCUUAGAAAGGACGGCAUGAAGAAGGAAGACGUCCACCACAUCUUCCUUCAAGAAUUCUGCUCAAAAGUCAAUGCAUGUAAGUAUUCUUUUUUUCAUUUUGCAGAUUGGUCUUUAUUGAUCGAAAAUGUGUCACGUAACGUUCUGCCCGCAGAACUUUUUGGAUCAAUCAAAAGUUUCGAAGCGAUGAACUUCACGACGAACGGCGAUUUCUAUCGGAUAGGAACUUGUUUUUGGGUGCGAUGCUUCGAUGACCGUGAAAAUUGUUUCAAUCGACAAACGUGUAGAAAAAAAAACGUCUGGAAACUUUCAAAAUCGUUCGAUUCCGCGUCUAGGCGAUAUGUAUAUCUUUCACGGUUCAUUUUUUAUUCGCGGCAAGGUUCCCACACUCAAUCGAUAGCGCUGACGCGUCGCGAGCCGCGCAAUUAUAGCAAUAAAAGUUUUGAAACAAAUAAAAGUAACGCGGAAUCUGCCACAUUUUGCCUUUUUCAGUUUUCUACUUGGCUCGCGAAAAAACGCGUGUGUGGCUGUACGUCAUCAGAAAGGGCCAGAAGUUCAUUUUGGACGUUAACACGCCAUUCACAAGCUGGUGCAGUCAGCCUGUCAGCGCUUCUCGAAUGUGAGUUCCCUGUUUCUACAUAUUUAUAAAACAAGGCUCGAAGCUUCAUGCAGAAAUUUUUGAAAUAGAACAAACAAGUUCAAAAAUUUCGGGAUAAAAAAACACUCUAGGCACUUUUAUUUUGGCGAGAAAAAGCGAAAUGAAAAAUAAAAGAUUUUUGCGCUUUCAGUUAGGCAAGAAUUCUCUUUUUUUUUUUUUAAAGAAAAGGAAUUUCCAAAACAAUAAAUUCAGCAUUGACGCGCUGAUUAAACUCCAUCGCAAAACGUUGUCAAAAGAGGUCCCGAAGGAUUUUCUGAAAUUGUUGGGUAACUAUAUGUGAUUUAAUGCUGAAAAGAUCAAAUAAUUUUCAGACGCGCUUUCUGCUCUGCAGGCUUUUGAAAUGGCUGACAAUGGCUUCGUCACCGCCGUUUUGGGCGAAGUUAGUGUGAAUAAAGUAAACGUGAAAUGGAAUAUUAAAUCGCAGAAAUACGCCGAGGGUCGUAAAGAAAGCUUGAAGCAGCCGGGGACAAAACGCCAAGCUGUGAGUUUCUUCUUCUCAAACGAUGCAAAUUCUGAUGAGAAAACGUUCAUCAUUUUUUUUCAGAAUGCGAAUGGAUCGCCAACACGCAAAAAGACUGUUUCGACAGCCGAAGAUCAAGAAGAAGCGAAAAAGGAAGGUGAUUUACGAAUUUUCAUUAUUUUCAUUAAUCUAUCCAUUUGUAGAAAAAUACCUUGAAGUGUAUUUGAAAGCGGAGAAGGAGUACUUGGCGUCGAGAGCGUUGUGCGAUGCUGAGAAGCCUGACAAAGUCUGGGCUGAAAACGCUCAGGACGCCCCAAAAGCCGUGAAUGGAAGCUUGUUGGACCUCGUCCGAGGCCAAAGCGAAAUAAGCUCUGUCACUGAAGGGCCGGACGUCGAAGUCAAGAAGAACAAAGAAGCUGAGAAGGAAAAAGAAAAGAAAGAAGAAGUCGUGCUCCAACAAGAAGAGCAAGACGAACAUGAUUUUGACGACAAUAAAAGCCCUCCAAUCGCCGUUGAAGAAGAGAAAAAAGAGGAAAAUGAGAAGAUGCCUGUCGAAGAAAACUUAGAGCCGGAGAAGGAAGAGUCGGAAGACAACAACUUGGAGGAAGAGAAAGAAGAAGAAACCGACGACGACGAAGACAAAAGCACUUCUCAGGCGAUCGAGACGGUCGAGUGGCGCACGGACGUCGAAGCUGUUGCUCCCUGCGUGCGCGGCAUUCUUGCGGUCGGUUCAGCUUUCUACUGGGAAAUCAUACAGUUUACUGCCUUUUGAAAAAUGAAAAAUCUCGGAAACCACUUUCUAAAACUAAAAAAGCGUUUAUCUUAUUCUCCAAAUUUUAAAAUCAAAAACUUGCGAAUCUCGAACAAAUGCAGUGCACAUCAUGGCUUCAAAAAAAGCAAAAAAAUUGCAAUUUAGUGGAUAAUGUGUGAAAGUUUCAUCAAGUAGCGGUUUAUAAAAAUGCAUGAAACAUCAAUAUUUUUUUAAAUCUUUUUAAUAAAAGCAACGUUCACUUUGGAAACAUGAAACAAUGAUUUACGCAUCACACAAAAAAAUAAAUUAUCAACAGAAAAAAAGAUACAUUUCGCGCACCAAAAAUUCUCUUGGCGUUCUGACCGCAACCCAUUAAAAAUAACGAAGAAUGAUAUCUAUUACAAAAACGUGCAAUGAAUCAAUUCAUGAAAACUUAACACCGAGGGGAAAAAUUACAAAACUUAACACCGAGGGGAAAAAUUCUUUUGAGUGCAGAUCCGUCAAGCUCUAAAAAAUUCUUUUUUAGAUCAAUCAAAUCUUCGACUUCGAUAGCCCGAGCUUCUACCCUCACGUCGCUCGCAACAUCACCGAGGACAUUCUAAAAAAGAAAAACUCGGAAAUUUUCGGCGCCUUGGGCCCUCUCCUCGACGAAAGUCAUGUCAACAAGGCUGAACGCCUGCGGUUUUCCCUAUCAGUUUUAAUUUAUUCAAUUUCAAUAUUUUCCAGCUACAAGAAGUUCCGCGCUUACUACAAAAACCUCUCAAAGAUGCCGGACGGUGGCUUUUUCGUGAAUUUCAUUCAUCUCGACUACUUUCAUCUGGAAAUUCUUGAGAAUGGCCGUCGCUUUGCGACCUAUGGAACCGGAGUCGAAAAUGAUCCGCGCAUCCCGGUUGUAGCAGAGGUUGAGGUCAGUAUUAGUAGAUUUACAUUUUUUUAAACAACCUAUUGCAACGAUUGAAUGAAUAACGAAACCGCAUAACGAAAUAAAAAGUGUUUAUUUUUUCUGUGGCCUUAUAUCGUUUUAUCUAGAAUUUUUUUCAUUAUUAUUGAUAAAUCGAACAAUACUCAAAAAUUUCAGGAAGUAACCCCUGAUCCGAUCCUGAACUGGAAAGAUCUCCGCAUCGGCGAGAUCACGUGGGCCUAUUGGGCAAAAAGCAAACAAUGGUGGCCGUCGACGAUUUUCAACUUCGAAGUCGUCGACAAUCAAGUCAAGGUUUAAAAAAAAAACAAAAAGAUAUAUGAAAUAGCUCCGCUUUUCAGAUCAUCGUCCGCUUCUUCACUUCUCAAACAGCGGUGAUCCAAUACGGCGACGUCGAAAGGUUCGACGACGCCUUCCACUUCCGCUACAUGCGCACAGGAAUGCCCCCGAACUACUCGCGAGAUGUCGCCUUUGCAAUCAAUACAAUGGGCUGCAUCGGAUAUUUUGAAGAGUUAGUUUUGAAACGGAUGAAACAAAUGAGCUGAGUUAGUCAUGUACUGAAAAAAUCGUUUUUUUUUAAACAAUGAACGUUUGAAAAAACUAAAGUUAAUACAUUUCAUUCAGAUUCAUCAGCCCGGCCAUUGCCAAUCUCCUUGAAGAGCAAGGCCGAGUGAUCGACUAUGUCUCCAAAUACAACAGCCUCCAGUUAAAGAACAACGCACGGGUCCUCAAGGUAGCAUUACCUGGAAAACCUAACAAUUAUACUCGUUUUCCAGCUGCCGAACCCCGAGCACCUAGAAAUUGUGCGUAGUAUCGAAAACGCGCAAGCCGCCAAGAAAACUGCUUCUGGAGGCAAUUUGGCUCCACUUCUCCCGGCUCUCAGCCUGCCAAAAGAUAAAAACCAGAUGAAGAAGUUUGAGAUGGUAAUGCAACUGUCCUUCAAAAUUCACAUCAUUAUAUUACUUUCAGAAGCGCCAAAAAGACGCGGGCUCGAUUUACGAGUUCAAUUGCUUCUGCAAUCAUAUCGUGAAGUUCGACAUGCGCAGAGAAGAGAUUCUUGAAAGCAAAAUAUUCCCGAAGGGAAAUCGAUUCAUUCAACUAUGGUGAGGCACCGUUUUAGAGAAACAGAAGCGAUCACGGGACAGCGUGAGAACCGCAGAGACGCAGGCGUGCUCACUUCUCUGGCGUCUCUGCUGGCUUCUACGCUAUCUAACAAUUUUGAGUUGAGAGGCACUCUGCCUGAUCAGAAAAGACUGUUAACAUUUAAAAAAAUCUGAAAGUUGAUAUUUAGUUUUCAGUAUUUUUACACACGACCACCACCUAUCAGAAAAUAAGUGAAAAUGAUUAUUGAAGUGAAACGUUUUGGGUGUUAUGGAGCGACCUUUUCUUUUUCGAAAUUGGGUCUUCGGAGCUAUUCUGUUUGCAGCAUGAAAGAAAAAGAAACUCUCCUGAGCGACAAUCUGAAGGAAAUCGAAGCUACAGAAAUGAAGAAGCGAUUGAAUGUUGAUGCCCCUACCUUCGCUUGGUGCCCUAAGGUUGAUAUAUCACUUCUCAAUUGGAAAUUAAUUGAAAAAAACUUCAGAACUAUUUUAAUCUUAAUGAUAAAAUGCCGUCGCGUCGUUUGGCCGAUAACGCUCAGCCUCCCUAUUCGGCAGGGUCGAGCUCUCGCUUCGGGCGUUUUGGGUCCGCCCGACGUCGUCGCAACGACGAUGACGACGACUAUGACGUCACUUAUUGA